UUCAGCGUGCUUUCCCCAUGCAAUCGCAACGCUGCCUUGUGACUAAGACGGCCAAUUAACUCAACCACCUCCGGGAUAAGACAUAUCGCCCAUCUGAAUCGCACCAAGAACACCAACAUCAUGUCUUCACAACUAGUAUCACUGCCCGAAGUCGAGCGCCUCAGCCCAGCAUGCAUCCGCAUUCUGGGAGGCAACCCGGGAAAGUUUACGCUGCAAGGCACCAAUACAUAUCUCGUCGGCACAGGCAGCCGCCGUAUACUCAUCGAUACAGGCGAGGGCAAACCCUCGUGGAUCGCAGCUGUCAAGAAGAUUCUGGAAGAGGAGGAGGCAGCGGUUGAGAAACUCUUGAUCACCCACUGGCACCAUGAUCACACAGGCGGCAUCCAACAGCUGCUAGAGCUAUCCCCAAGCUCCGAGGUCUUCAAGAACCAGCCCGAGGAAGGCCAGUCAGACAUCUCGGACGGCCAAAAGUUUUCCGUCGACGGGGCCAGCCUUACCGCUGUCUUCACCCCAGGGCAUACAGUCGACCACAUGGCCUUUGUCUUGGAGGAGGAGGACGCCAUGUUCACGGCGGAUAACGUCUUGGGCCAGGGCACCGCCGUAUUCGAGGACUUGAUCGUCUACCUCAACAGCCUCGAGAGAAUGCAGCGCCUGUUCAAGGGGAGGGCGUAUCCAGGUCACGGGCCCUUGAUUGACAACGGCCCGUCCAAAAUUCAAGAGUACAUCAACCACAGGAAGGCCCGAGAGGAGCAGGUCAUUCGUACGCUGAAGACGGCGAGGCAAGGCUCUGAUAUCGAGGGCGACCCUUAUGCCUGGACACUCAUGGAGAUUGUCAAGGUCAUCUAUGCCGACGUUCCUGAGGAGCUGCAUAUCCCGGCGAGCGGUGGGAUCAUACAAAUCUUGGAAAAGCUCGAAAAGGAAAACAAGGUUGUCCAGAGCGGCGAGAGAUGGAAGUUGAAAGAUCGAUCGGCGUUGUAGUCCGUCGUAGAUGAAAAACGGCGGGGUCCAGCGGACCUUGGCCGGAGCUUCGGAUCCGAAGACGGUAGAUUGACGCCGUGAUUCAGCAUGCUACCGUGUAAGGUAGGGCAGUAAGGAAGUGGAGAUGCACCGCACGAUUCUGAGGGCUGGACAUAUCAUAGAAGCCAGACGAAUCCGCUCUAGGCCGGAGUGUUUUGAGCGUACAAUACGAUACAAUAGCUUUCUGUCAACUCAGUCAGGGCCAGAAGCUUGGGGGCGGUGACUCAAAAAAAAAAAAGUCUGCGUAAGCUGGGCCCAGUGCAUCGCGAUGGCUCUGCGGCGAGCUUACACAGGGCAACAAAAGCGCCGGAAGGUUCGGACAAGUCGAGCCUCGUGACGGGGCGGGAUAUACGAUGAUAGUGGGGCGCCACCUGGAAGGCUAGAACAGCGUCUGCGGUCUGCAU